AUGACCGAGAAGGGCAGUGGGGAGAGCCCCGUGCCCCAGCUCCCAGCGGGGCCCCAGCAAAGCGGGUUACAGCGCCUGAAGCGGUUGUUCCGGAGGGAGCGGCCGGGGAACCCGGGGACCCCGGGGACCGAGCCCCCCGCCGAGCCCCAGGCCAACGGGGAGGCGGAGGGGGCGGGCAGGGGUCCCAUCUAUUACAUCUACGAGGACGAGGACGAGGACGAGGAGGAGGAAGAGGAGCAGGAGCCCCUCCCCGAGCCUCCCCGUCCCGUUAACGACAAACCGCACAAGUUCAAGGACCAUUUCUUCAAGAAACCCAAGUUCUGCGACGUCUGUGCCAGGAUGAUCGUGCUCAAUAAUAAGUUCGGGCUUCGCUGCAAGAACUGUAAGACGAACAUCCACGAGCACUGCCAGCCGCACGUGGAGAUGCAGCGAUGUUUCGGGAAGAUCCCCCCGGGCUUCCGCCGCGCCUACAGCUCCCCGCUCUACAGCAACGCGCAGUUGGGGGGUGUCAAGGAGUCGCAGAACGCUGCGAACCGCGGCGACCCAGUGUUUGAGACGCUGCGCACCGGCGUGGUCAUGGCCAACAAGGAGAGGAAGAAAGGCCAAGACGAUAAAAAGAACCCCCUCGCCGCCAUGAUGGAAGAGGAUACAGACACCCCGAAACCUGAAGAGGGGAAACCCCCGGCCGGUCACCCGGAGAGCCCCAGGAAGACGGAGAAGGCGCCAGAUGACAAGAACAAGGCCCCCGGCUUUCCUCAAACGCACUACUUCGUGGCGCUCUACCGCUUCCGAGCGUUGGAAAAAGACGAUCUGGACUUUCCACCCGGAGAGAAAAUCACCGUCGUGGACGACUCCAAUGAGGAGUGGUGGAGGGGCAAGAUCGGGGACAAGAUCGGCUAUUUUCCGCCCAACUUCAUCAUCCGCGUGCGCGUGGGAGAACGCGUCCACCGCGUCACUCGAUCCUUCGUGGGGAACCGCGAGAUCGGGCAGAUCACACUCAAAAAGGACCAGAUCGUGGUCCAGAAAGGAGAGGAGGCGGGCGGCUACGUCAAGGUCUACACCGGCCGCAAGGUGGGGCUGUUCCCCGCCGACUUCCUAGAAGAGAUUUAG